AUGGUGGAUCGUGCGCGAGAGCCCCGAGAUAUUGUCGCCGUGUGCAAUGCUGCGAUUUGUCUUCGCCCGCAUCUUGGACCUCACCGCGAUCAAAAGCUGUUUCACGUGCGGCCGCGAUCCCACCCUACCCCCGUCACCACCACCACCACCCCCACCACCACCACCGUGAUAUCCUCGAAUGAUAUUGGACCAACAAUGGGAUUGCGAUAA